UUGCUGAGCUGCACAUACACACACACUCUCUCUCUCUCCUUUCUCUUUCUCUCUCUAAAAUGUCUCACUCCCUUCCCAAUUCCCAUCUCCAAACCCUGUUCCUUCCCCUCAGAAUCUGCAACCUCUAGGGCUCCGAGUUUCCACACCUCCAAAUCUCCCACCAAAUGAGCCACUAUUCCUAGGGUUUCCCCCCUCGCAUUGCCCCCACCACCGCCGCCGCCUCCACCACCACAGAUGCCUCUCACUCUCCUCCUCUUCCUCCUCUCUCUCCUCCACCCCUCCUCCGCCCAGACCACCGAACUCCAGUCCCUCCUCGAGUUCAAAAAAGGGAUCCAAGACGACCCCCUCGACAAAGUCCUCUCCUCAUGGGACCCCUCCGCUCCAGAUCCAACUUCGUUCUACGGCGUCGUCUGCGACCAGGCCGGCAACGUCACCGCCAUCGCGCUGGACGGGCUCGGCCUGGUCGGGGACCUGAAGUUCACCACGCUAACCGGCUUGCAAAUGCUCGCGAAUCUGAGCCUGGCCGGGAAUGAGCUCACCGGCCGGCUAGUGCCCGGGAUAGGGCAACUGACUGCUUUGCAGUACUUGGAUUUGUCCGCGAACCAGUUCUACGGGCCGGUCCCGGCUCGCAUCAACGAUCUGUGGGGUUUGGAUUACUUGAAUUUGUCGUCUAAUAAUUUUACAGGCUGGUAUCCAAGUGGAAUCCGGAAUCUUCAGCAACUGAAGGUGUUGGACUUGCACUCGAAUAGGCUUCAGGGAGACAUUCAGGACUUCUUCUCAGAGCUUCGGAACGUGGACCACGUUGAUCUGAGCUUUAACAUGUUUUCGGGAUCGCUUUCAAUGGACGUGAACAACAUUUCAAGUUUGGCGAAUACGGUGUCGUAUGUGAAUUUGAGUCACAAUGAGUUGGGUGGUGGGUUUUUCACUGAUGAAGCAAUUUCUCUGUUUCGGAACUUGAGGGUUUUGGAUUUGGGUGGUAAUCAGCUGACUGGACAGCUUCCUUCAUUUGGGUCAUUGCCAAAUCUUCAAGUGUUGCGCCUGGGAAAUAACCAGUUGUUUGGGUCGAUACCAGAAGAGCUGUUGGAGACUUCAAUUCCUUUGCAAGAAUUAGAUCUCAGUGGCAAUGGGUUUUCAGGUCCAAUCAAUGUGAUUAAUUCCACAACUUUGAGCAUUUUGAAUCUUUCAUCGAAUGUGUUUUCCGGUUCUCUGCCUUCUGUUGUGGGAAGAUGUCUCAUACUGGACUUGAGCAGAAAUAUGCUCUCUGGUGAUUUAUCUGUUAUGCAAAGUUGGGGACCAGAUUUGGAGAUUCUUGACCUGAGUUCAAAUGGGUUGUCUGGAAAUGUUCCAAACCUGACAUCUCAGUUCCCAGGGUUGACGACUCUCAGUAUGAGGAAUAAUUCUUUAGUUGGUACCUUACCUUUUCUGUUUGGGACCUUUCAAAGGCUUUCUGUUGUUGAUCUGAGUUUGAAUGAACUUGAUGGGCCUAUUCCACCUAGUUUUUUCACAUCAAUGACCUUGACAUACCUGAACCUUUCCAGAAAUCAUUUUAAUGGAUCUAUUCCUAUUCAAGGGGCAGGUGCAAGGGGAUUGUUAGUUCUACCCUCUUAUCCACAGAUAGAGUCUCUCGAUCUCUCUGAUAAUUUGUUAACAGAUAACUUGCCACCAGAUAUAGGUAAUUAUGGUAGUCUGAAGUUGCUUAAUCUUGCAAAUAAUGACUUAUCAGGACAAAUACCAAGUGAAUUAAGCAAUCUUAGUGGCUUGGAGUACCUAGAUUUAUCCAGGAAUAAUUUUUCGGGUGAGAUCCCAAAUAAGCUACCGUCAAGUCUAAAAGUUCUUAAUGUGUCUUCUAAUGAUCUCCAAGGACCUAUUCCGGAAAAUUUGAUAAAGUUCCCUCUCUCUUCUUUUCGACCUGGCAAUUCCUUGCUAAUCAUUCCAAUUGGCAUGUCAUCCCAGACUGACAAUCCUACUCAAAAUCAAGAUUCGGAGAAUCGUCAUGCUUCAAAAUCGAGUAUAAGAGUAGCUAUCAUUGUUGCCUCAGUUGGGGCUGCUGUGAUGAUUGCCUUUGUUCUGAUCGCGUACCAUCGAACGAAAGUUCAGGAUUUUCGCAUCAGAAGUGGGUUUAGUAGCCAAACUGCUGACAGAGAUGUUAAACUCGGAAGAUUUUCUAGGACUUCUCUUUUCAAGUUCCCCACAAGUGUUGAGCCACCACCAACUUCGUCAAGUUUUUCCAAUGAUCACUUACUAACCUCAAAUUCAAGGUCAUUGUCGGGUCAGAGAGAAUUUGGUACUGAGAUUGUUGAGCAUGUAUCCCCUGAGAGAAUUGUUACUCCUUCAGCAUCUUUGGAUCCCAAUUUACACAACCCUGGUCAAGCUGUAGCAAUUUCUGGAAGGAAGUCUUCUUCAGAUUCCCCAGUAUCUUCUUCACCUCGUUUUAUUGAUGCAAUUGAACAACCUGUGACAUUAGAUGUAAAUUCACCGGAUCGUUUGGCUGGAGAGCUUUUUUUCCUGGAUGUUUCACUAGCAUUCACGGCUGAGCAGUUGUCACGGGCUCCAGCAGAAGUUUUGGGUAGAAGCAGUCAUGGCACUUUGUAUAAGGCGACUCUAGAUUGUGGGCAUAUGUUGACUGUGAAGUGGCUGAGGGUAGGAUUAGUCAAGCAUAAGAAAGAAUUUGCCAAGGAAAUUAAAAGAAUUGGAUCAUUGAGACAUCCCAACAUCGUUCCUUUACGAGCUUAUUAUUGGGGGCCAAGAGAACAGGAGAGGCUUGUUUUGGCAGAUUAUGUCCAGGGAGAUAGUUUGGCCCUUCAUCUUUAUGAGACGACACCUAGGAGAUACUCCCGCCUAUCCUUCACCCAAAGGUUGAAAGUUUCCAUAGAUGUUGCUCGGUGUCUGACUUACCUUCACGAUCGAGGCUUUCCUCAUGGAAACCUAAAACCCAAUAACAUACUCCUAUCCGGCUCCGAUCUGAACGCUCUGCUCACCGACUACAGCCUCCACCGCCUGAUGACUCCAACAGGUAUUGCCGAGCAGAUACUAAACCUAGGUGCACUCGGAUACCGAGCUCCUGAACUCGCAUCUGCCGCCAAACCUAUUCCGUCUACCAAAACUGAUGUGUAUGCGUUCGGAGUGAUUUUGAUGGAGUUGUUGACCCGGAGAAGUGCAGGUGACAUAAUCUCCGGCCAAUCGGGAGCUGUUGAUCUCACGGAUUGGGUUAGAUUGUGUGAUCAAGAAGGACGGGGAAUGGAUUGUAUCGAUAGAGACAUUGCCGGUGGGGAAGAAGAACACUCGACCGCGAUGGAUGGAUUGCUUGCUAUAUCAUUAAGGUGUAUUCUUCCUGUAAAUGAAAGGCCUAGUAUCAGACAAGUAUUCGAGGAUCUCUGUUCUAUAUCUGUCUGAAUUUUUUGUACAUUUGUCUUGGAGUUAGUGUUUUUUCUUCUUCUCCUUGUUGAUUUCAUUUAGUUUUUUUUUUGGCUUUGUACCCUAUUGGUUUCCGAGCCUGUUUUAAUCUUGGGCUAAUGUCUCAUUCUUUUCUUUAAUUUAUGUGUAAAGAGAUAGUUGAUCCAUUGAUUGAUUGAUUGACAGUUCAGCUUGAUCUUUGAAGUGAAAAUAUUGCAAAUUCAUUUCGUCA